AAGUUGUAAAUAAAUAAAAAUAAAAGUCGUCUCUUCCCGCAAGCUUGUCUCUCUCUCUUCUCCGAGAUCAUCAGUCUCUCCUUUUGAAUUUCUCCCAUUGGAGGUGUCAUUUUCCGUUUCUAGAUUAGGGUUUCGAUCUCAGCUCUCGCGAAUUGUUUAUCCUUCAGCUGUAGUCUGCGGUUAAUAUCGUCGUUAGAUCCGGUUUUGCGAGUUCGGAUCUGCGCCGUGUGAGGCGGCGGAAGACGGUGGAUCUGAGGAUUUGGUUCCACCAUGACCGGAAUGAGAGGUCUCUCCGUAUUUAUCAGUGACAUUCGUAAUUGCCAGAACAAGGAAGCGGAGAGACUACGAGUUGAUAAGGAGCUUGGAAACAUACGUACCUGCUUCAAGAAUGACAAGGUUUUGACACCAUAUAAAAAGAAGAAAUAUGUCUGGAAAAUGCUUUAUAUACAUAUGCUAGGCUACGAUGUGGAUUUUGGCCAUAUGGAGGCGGUUUCUCUUAUAUCUGCGCCAAAGUAUCCCGAAAAGCAGGUUGGCUACAUUGUUACAUCUUGCUUGCUCAAUGAGAACCAUGACUUUUUGAAGUUGGCAAUAAAUACAGUGCGGAACGAUAUUAUUGGUCGGAAUGAGGCUUUCCAAUGCCUAGCACUGACCUUGGUUGGAAAUAUCGGUGGAAGAGAUUUUGCUGAAUCAUUAGCACCUGAUGUUCAAAAGCUACUUAUUUCUAGUAGUUGCAGACCUCUCGUAAGGAAAAAAGCAGCACUGUGCCUACUGCGCUUAUUCCGAAAAAAUCCUGAUGCUGUCAACGUGGAUGGCUGGGCGGAUCGUAUGGCACAACUUUUGGAUGAACGAGAUCUUGGUGUCUUGACGUCUUCUACAAGUCUUCUUGUAGCUCUGGUAUCUAAUAAUCAUGAGGCGUACUCAAGUUGUCUACCUAAAUGUGUCAAAAUAUUGGAACGCCUUGCUAGGAAUCAGGACGUUCCUCAGGAGUACACAUACUAUGGCAUUCCAUCUCCUUGGCUCCAGGUUAAGGCAAUGAGGGCUCUUCAAUAUUUCCCGACCAUUGAAGAUCCCAGUACCAGAAAAGCUCUCUUUGAGGUCCUUCAGCGAAUAUUGAUGGGGACAGAUGUUGUGAAAAAUGUGAAUAAAAACAAUGCGUCUCAUGCUGUGCUGUUUGAAGCUCUAUCCCUGGUCAUGCAUCUUGAUGCUGAGAAGGAAAUGAUAUCACAGUGUGUUGCUCUUCUUGGCAAGUUUAUUUCGGUCCGUGAGCCCAACAUUAGAUAUCUAGGCUUGGAAAAUAUGACGCGGAUGCUGAUGGUCACAGAUGUUCAAGAUAUCAUAAAGAAGCAUCAGUCUCAGAUAAUCACCUCCUUGAAAGACCCUGACAUCAGUAUUCGUAGGCGUGCUCUUGAUUUAUUAUAUGGGAUGUGCGAUGUGUCAAAUGCAAAGGAUAUAGUCGAAGAGUUGUUGCAGUAUCUUAGCACAGCAGAGUUUUCCAUGCGGGAGGAAUUAUCACUUAAAGCUGCUAUCCUUGCUGAGAAGUUUGCUCCUGAUCUAUCAUGGUAUGUCGAUGUGAUCCUUCAGUUGAUCGACAAGGCUGGGGAUUUUGUUAGUGAUGACAUUUGGUUUCGUGUGGUUCAGUUUGUUACAAAUAAUGAAGACCUGCAGGUUUAUAUGAUUGUUAAGAUAAAUAUAUUGUUUAUCCUAUUUAUGACAUUCGAAAGUUGCUUACAAAUUUCUUUGAUCCGACAGCCUUACGCCGCGUCAAAAGCAAGAGAAUAUUUGGACAAAAUCGCAAUACAUGAGACUAUGGUGAAGGUCAGUGCUUAUAUUUUGGGGGAGUAUGGUCACCUUCUAGCUAGACAACCUGGAUGCAGUGCAAGUGAACUCUUUAGCAUCUUACAUGAGAAGCUUCCCACAGUAUCGACUCCCACCAUUCCUAUUCUUCUUUCGACAUAUGCAAAGCUUCUUAUGCACACUCAACCCCCAGAUCCAGAACUGCAAAAAAAAGUUUGGGCUGUAUUUAAGAAAUAUGAGAGUUGUAUUGAUGUGGAGAUACAACAGAGGGCAGUUGAAUAUUUUGAAUUGAGUAAAAAAGGGCCUGCCUUUAUGGAUGUAUUGGCUGAGAUGCCAAAAUUUCCGGAGCGCCAGUCUUCAUUGAUAAAAAAGGCAGAAUAUGUUGAAGAUACCGCAGACCAGAGUGCCAUCAAGCUUAGAGCACAACAACAGCCUUCAAAUGCUUUGGUUUUGGCUGACCCACAGCCUGUUAAUGGGGCACCACCACCUUUGAAGGUUCCAAUUUUAAGUGGAAGCACGGACCCCGAGUCAGUGGCUCGAUCUGUCUCACAUCCCAAUGGAACUUUAAGUAAUAUAGAUCCACAAACUCCAUCACCUGAUCUGCUUAGUGACCUGCUCGGUCCUCUUGCGAUAGAGGCUCCACCUGGAGCUGUCUCAAAUGAACAACAUGGUCCCGUAGGGGUAGAAGGAGCUGCAGAUGAAGUUGAUGGUUCCGCCAUUGUACCUGUUGAAGAGCAAACAAAUACAGUGGAGCUGCUCGGAAAUAUUGCGGAGAGAUUUCAUGCUUUAUGUUUGAAAGACAGUGGUGUCUUAUACGAGGAUCCUCAUAUCCAGAUUGGCAUCAAAGCUGAAUGGAGAGGACACCAUGGGAGACUUGUUCUCUUCAUGGGAAACAAGAAUACUUCUCCACUUACAUCAGUUCAAGCUCUGAUACUACCCCCUGCCCAUUUAAAACUGGAUCUGUCUCCAGUACCUGAUACAAUUCCUCCUCGAGCACAGGUACAAUCUCCACUUGAAGUGAUGAACAUCCGCCCUAGUAGGGAUGUUGCAGUUUUGGAUUUCUCCUACAAGUUUGGUACAAACGUGGUCAGUGCCAAAUUACGGAUCCCGGCAACUUUGAAUAAGUUUCUUCAACCGCUACAAUUGACAUCUGAAGAGUUCUUCCCUCAAUGGAGAGCACUUUCAGGGCCACCCUUGAAACUUCAGGAAGUUGUUAGAGGUGUAAGACCUCUAGCUCUUCCGGAAAUGGCAAAUCUGUUCAACAGUUUCCAUGUGACGAUAUGCCCUGGGCUUGAUCCAAACCCUAAUAAUCUAGUGGCAAGCACAACCUUCUACUCUGAAAGUACAGGAGCCAUACUCUGUUUGGCAAGAAUUGAAACAGACCCAGCGGACAGAACCCAAUUGCGAAUGACAGUAGGCUCGGGAGAUCCUACCCUUACAUUUGAGUUAAAAGAAUUCAUCAAGGAACAACUAAUUACUAUCCCAAUGGGAUCUCGAGCUCUAGUUCCAGCAGCAGGUUCAGCACCAUCACCAGCACCACCUGUAGCUCAACCGCCUAGCCCAGCAGCUUUAGCUGAUGAUCCAGGAGCUAUGCUUGCUGGCUUACUUUAAAUUCAUUGGGAUAUGAGAUUACUUGCACAUGUCGAAAAGUUUGUUUUUUCGGUUAUUGUAGAAAUGUAAUGGCGGAAAUAUGGAAUGAUGGGAGAGUAUAUGUAGAGCCAAGGGGUGGGAGAGGGGAAGGGUUUAAUAGAAAAGCUAGUUUUGAUUAUAUUUGUGCCUAAUAUCCAAAGCGGGUGGGUUGAGUUAGCUACGAUUCGAAAUUUUGCAUUCAAUCUGAAUAUUUGUAUUGUGAGGUCAGUGGUUGUAUCAGCUUGUUCUUGUGCGUAUAUAUUGUCAAUCUGUUUCUUCAUGAUUUAUCUGAUGGGAGGUCUAUUUUUUCGCACUA